UGUAAAGUUGGCAGGCGUGUGUGCAUUGUCAUCGACUGUUUCCGGUAGCCAUUUUUCUAUCUUUUCUGCAUUUUGUGUGAAGAAACGUGGAUCGUCAAACAUGACUGAGCAAGAGGAAGGAGGAACCGUAGUGAAGAAGCGUAUCUUCAAGAAGUUCACAUACCGUGGAGUGGACUUGGAUCAAUUGCUGGACAUGCCCAAUGAUCAAGUGGUUGAGCUGAUGCACAGUCGUGCUCGUCGGCGAUUCUCCAGGGGUUUGAAGCGCAAACCAAUGGCUCUGAUCAAGAAAUUGCGCAAAGCCAAGAAGGACGCUCCGCCACUUGAGAAGCCUGCUAUUGUGAAAACUCAUCUCCGCAACAUGAUUGUCGUGCCAGAAAUGGUGGGAUCCAUCAUUGGUGUAUACAACGGCAAAGCAUUCAAUCAGAUUGAAGUGAGACCCGAUAUGAUUGGCCACUAUCUGGGUGAGUUCUCAGUGACGUAUAAGCCCGUGAAGCACGGAAGACCCGGUAUUGGUGCCACUCACAGUUCUCGGUUCAUUCCGCUCAAGUAAGGCUCCAAAAGGAAGGUAAUCUUUCAAUUUUUUUGGGCAGAAUAAAGAUGGAAAAAGAGAAAGA